UUCCUCCUCCUCAGUCACUUACACUCCCGCCGAGCUGUCAGUGAGCCACCACUUCUCUCCGCUCCACUCUCUCCAUCCGUGCGUCCUGUGCGCUCCGCUCCGCUUGCGCUUCUGCUCUGCGCGUCCGGCUGACUGGAGAUCAGGAGGCGACAUGAAUAAGGUUCCACAAGGGUCGGAGUGUCUGAAGCUGUCGGACUAUCAGAUCAGAGUCCUGGAGGAGAAUUUCACCAAAGUCAGCAGGCAUCCGGAUGGAACGACGCUCAUGCUGAUCGCUGCGGAGUGUGGGCUGUCAGAGGAGGACACAGAAAAAUGGUUCAAGCUACGUAACGUAAAGUGGAGGCAGGCGGAGGGUCUUCCAGCGCACGGCGGUUCGGUGUUGGACUGAGACUCUCUGACGACGGUGUGCCCUUGCCAAUUCCUGAACCUCAGCGCUGAAAUGUGUCUCUCCAGGACUCCCCAGGACUCCCCGAUUCCCCCCUCAUGUACCUUUCCUCUAUUUUUUUUUUUUUUUUUUGUAUCUAUGAAGCUAUUUUAACUUACAGAAUGUGAAGCUGUCGAUGUGUUGUUGCCAAUAUAAUCUGUGUUUACAGAAAUAAACCUAUUAUAAAGACUUA